AUUAUAUAUCCCUCUUGCUUUCCCUUCAAAGCUCAACCUUCCUCUGUUUCCCCUGCUUUCUCUGUUUCUCUCACUCGCACUCAAUAAACACAUCUUAUGCCAGCCUAUUUUUCUGCAAUUAACUCUGUCUAUCGAACUACUCAAAGAUGGGUAAUUGUUUUGGCCGUUACGAAUACUAUUCAGGACUUGCCAUAGUAGGUGCCAUGGCAAAGCAGAGUAAAGUCGUGAGGGUAGCAAAGUUGGAUGGGAAGAUAUUAGAGUUUAGCUCACCAGUUCUUGUGAAGGAUGUGUUGAAAAAUUUUCCAGGGUUACAUCUUGGGGCAUCUAAUAAAGCCUCGGAGUCAGAGCAUCUUUCCCCAGACUAUGAACUCAGAGCUGGAAGAUUGUAUUACUUGCUUAACCCUCAGUGUGAUCCCCCUUCAAAUGUUUCUUCCACCGGAAACAGAGAGCUGACCAAUGGCAGUAAGAGGGUCAAAGUUGUUAUAACAAGGAAACAGCUAGAAAUGCUAGUGUCCAAGCAGAUCUCUUUAGAGGAUGUACUGUCCCAAGCCCAUGAUAGGACUUCUGAUCUCCCAAGCAGUUGGAAGCCCAAAUUGGACUCCAUUCCUGAAGGGUUCGAGUAG